AACCACAUGCUUAAAUGCCUUAGUACAAUUUAAGGGAAGAUGCAAGGAAGGUUGGUUUCGCCUCCAGAUGAGUCAAACGGUACCAGAAUAUAGAAUUCAAGGAUGCAAAAUGAUCUCGUGGCAUAGAUUGGCUUAACAAAGUAAGUAAGCAUGCAUCUCAUGAUUCAUCAUGAAUCACAUGGGAGAAUUUCACUUGUCCUCACUACACACUCUUUUGCAUUCCUAUAAAUGGCACACACCUAGCAUCCCAAUAUGCAUCAACAAAACACAUUAACAUUUCUCAGAAGAAAAAAAAGUGAGAGAUGGAGAACUUUCCCGUGAUCAACUUGGAGAAUCUCAACGGUGAGGAGAGGAAGGCUACCCUUAACCAGAUUGAAGAUGCUUGCCAGAACUGGGGAUUUUUUGAGUUGGUGAAUCAUGGAAUACCCCUUGAACUAUUGGAUACUGUGGAAAGGUUAACAAAAGAGCAUUAUAGGAAAUGCAUGGAGAAGAGGUUCAAGGAGGCAGUGUCAAGCAAAGGGUUAGAAGCUGAAGUGAAGGACAUGGAUUGGGAAAGCACGUUCUUCUUGCGCCAUCUCCCAACCUCCAACAUCUCCGAAAUCCCAGAUCUCAGCCAAGAGUAUAGGGAUGCAAUGAAGGAAUUUGCACAGAAAUUGGAGAAACUAGCAGAGGAGUUGCUAGACCUGUUAUGUGAAAAUCUUGGAUUAGAAAAAGGGUACUUGAAAAAUGCAUUUUAUGGAUCAAGAGGUCCAAAUUUUGGGACAAAGGUAGCAAACUACCCUGCAUGCCCAAAGCCAGAGUUGGUGAAGGGUCUUCGUGCACAUACGGAUGCGGGUGGGAUUAUCCUUCUCUUGCAAGAUGACAAGGUCAGUGGCCUUCAGCUUCUCAAAAAUGGCCAAUGGGUGGAUGUGCCUCCAAUGCGCCAUUCCAUUGUUGUUAACCUUGGUGACCAAAUUGAGGUCAUUACCAAUGGGAGAUACAAGAGUGUGGAGCAUCGUGUGAUUGCCCAAACGAAUGGGACCAGAAUGUCCGUAGCCUCAUUCUACAACCCUGCCAGUGAUGCUCUUAUCUACCCUGCACCAGCAUUGUUGGAGCAAAAGGCAGAGGAUACAGAACAAGUGUAUCCAAAAUUUGUAUUUGAGGAUUACAUGAAGCUCUAUGCUACACUCAAGUUCCAGCCUAAGGAGCCCAGAUUCGAAGCCAUGAAGGCCAUUGGCUCAUUUUAGAUUACUUCCUAUUGCAGUUGCAUGAAGAAACUUUAUUAACUGAUAAAAUUUGAAAGAAAUAUCAAUUAAGCUUGUUUAUUUAAUAUGCAAUUUCUUGUUACAGCGGGUGAUUUGAUUACUUGUAUUUCGGUAAAGGAAAUAGCCAAAAUUAUUCAAAUAAUAUGCCUUUUUUCUGCUGUUC